UAGUUUACGUUUAUGCUUCUAGUUGUGGACGUUUCGUUACUAUUUUAUUCUAAAACAUUCAAGUUUUUCGAAAAGAAUGGGUGUAACUGUUCUGCAACCUUAUCCGGUAGACAAUAAGUCGGGUGCGCAAACAAUCGAGUUCCUGGUAAAACGAGUGCUGGCGCUAGGCGCUGUACAAGUUGGUCACUUUUUGGUAGAUUGUGAAACCUAUACUUCGAUCCCACCAACAAAAACCGUUCAUAUCCUGCAUAAUUCGGAACAACCUGCAUCAGUGUUUUCUAUUUUGGAUACUGGCACCAAACAAAUUCCUCUUGUAACGGAUGGACUGUUUGAUUUGCUAAUGGCUAGAAUUUCACCGGUCUACACAUCAAAGAAGCAGACAAAAAUUGAAUCGAAGGGACCUCGGUUCGAGUUUGGAGACUUUUUAAUUAAGCUAGGCAUCGUCACAAUGAGUCAAAAUUUCAAAGGUGUCCUGGUGGAAGUUGAAUAUAGGCCCUGCUUGAUAGCGGCAAGCUGUUGGGAACUGAUGCGAGAGUUUUUGCAAGGAUUUCUGGGCUCGAAUGUGUCCAAUUCCAUUCCGGCAUAUUUCACCCAAAGGAUCAAUAUCAACCACACCAAAGCAAAUGACAUUUACCAACCCAUUGAUACAAUCAACCAGUAUUUGGAACAUUUUACAAACUACCGGAAGCAAACAUCGGCUAUUACGGCUAGAACGUAGGAAAAUCAAUUUUUUUUGUGUCAAAAUCGAUUUGGUCGUUAACAUUCAAGAGAAAAAAAUAUGGGUAAGCUUUUUAA